AUGCAUUUUCUGCACCAGACAGAGGUGGGCAUUCAUCACGUGACGCGAUUGUACACGACUUACCGCUGUCAAGCUACCGUCAAGUACUGGCUCCUGGGUGUCCUGCUGCUGCUCACAGUCGCCUCGAGCUGGCCCACGGGGACAUCGGCAGCGCCGCGUCGUCUCAGUGGUCGCCACCUGAUACUGCCACAUCGUCACCACGUGCACCAGCGCUCGGCGGACCAUCAGUCAUUGGACCUGAAGAAGAACAUCACCACAGUGACGCCCGAAGCAACGUCGACACUGCUCUGCCAGUACCACAAGAGCGCCAUGUCAACGCGGCUAAGUCUGGACAAUGCCAAGAAAGUGGCCGAGAGGACCACGGAUGCCAUCAUCUGCCUGAUUGGCCAGUGGUUGGAUUACUAUUGGAAUGAGGAUGGCGUCACAUUGAAUGGCGCGAUAGAUCGCUACUCCUUGCACAGCCUCAACCUGACGCAUCCGCUGCACGAGGAGACCGAAAAGGUUAAGUUCGACAAUGGCAACGAGAGGUUCAUCUACCAGAAUCAGGCCGAAGUGGGUGAGGCCAGCGAGGAGCUGCCCAAGAUUGCCGACGCCCUGAUGAUUGUGCGCCACCUGAUGUUGAGCGUCACCAAGGGUCACAGCAGCUACAACUGCACCUUUGUGCAUAUCAUUGAAAAGCUCAGCCACAACCUGUACAUGGCAGAAACGGCCAUGAAUGGCCAGCCCUGCAGCAUGUCCAGCUACACCUACACCGGCUCCUACCCAGACCACAAGUUCGGCGUGGCACUGGAGGCCAUCAAGCUGCUGACCGUGGUCCAGCAGAAGUACAAGGUGCUGCUGGAAAAGCAGCGUGACGAAGAAGAGAUCCACUAGGAUUCGGGAAAGCAUUCCGCCGCCCCCUCGGGAUCAUCUCCUUCUCCAAGUUCCAAGCACGAAAGAAUACCAAAAAGCAACCGCCACCAUCAGUCCCUGCAUCUAAAAUGCGAUCACCCCACCACUAUGCCAUAUAAGUCUACUUUAAAGCUGCUAAAAGAAAGCCACUAAACCCCUACCUGCCACCCACUCUAUCCUACGUUAAUAAUUUAUUGUAUUUAUUGUGUUUAUAUGUAAUCCACGCAUACCCAUUAUUAUUUAUAUCGCUUAAUUCAUGUACGCCACCUCCAUAUGCACACAUACCCAACCAUAGCCUCGCAGGCUCGAUCAACUAUGUAUACACUUAGCUCCUUAUGACUCUUUUUUUUUGUA